ACUCGUGGCGUACUGUGUUAUGACUGUUUAGCAUGCUAAACCCAGACGUAGCAUACAUUUAUUUGCUUCACUUAAAUCUGAUCACUUCUAAACUGUGGGGUCAUUUUACACUGAAAGCUGUCAUGACAAUGGCUGCAGCCACCAGGACGUUAACGUAAAAACAUGUUGACAAUUACAACACAGUGUGUAACUUUUGUACAGGUGUCCUGCAACAGGUGGAAACUGACCACUCCAGAUACGAAUUGUUAAGAUUUUAGGAGCCUGUCACAAAAGAGGUAAAACUGGAGCUGGCUCUCUGGAAAUGAACGCAGACGGGUCUGGGCAUUUCAGUGAAGACAUGAUUCCUACAGUCGGGUUCAACAUGAGAAAGGUCACCAAAGGAAACGUCACUAUCAAGAUCUGGGAUAUAGGAGGGCAGCCAAGGUUCAGGAGCAUGUGGGAGCGGUACUGUCGGGGAGUUAAUUCAAUCGUGUACAUGGUUGACGCAGCAGAUCAAGAAAAGGUGGAGGCAUCUAGAAAUGAGCUUCAUAAUUUAUUAGACAAACCUCAGUUGCAAGGAAUUCCUGUUUUGGUACUCGGCAACAAAAGGGAUCUCCCUAGUGCUCUAGAUGAAAAGCAGCUCAUUGAGAAAAUGAAUCUGGCAGCUAUUCAGGACAGAGAGAUAUGCUGCUACUCGAUUUCCUGCAAAGAGAAAGACAACAUUGACAUCACACUUCAGUGGCUCAUCCAGCACUCAAAAUCCAGGAGGAGCUAAAAAUAUAGGAGUUGUUUUCCAGCAGUGUUUGCCACGUUGCUGUCAUGCCA